AGCUUGUUGUUAGCGGAGCAGCGAAUUGUGCUAGCUCUUGUUUAAUUUCUCAAAACUUAAUAAAACGGUGGCACGGUUAAGGCUUACUACCCAGACAAAUGGAUGUCGGAGAGCUCCUGAACUAUCAGCCUGACAGAGGAGCAAAGCGUCCCAGGCAAGAUGAUGGAGGAGCAGCAGGAGGAGAGGACGAUUCCAGAGGAGGGAAACAGCAGAAGGGUGCUAGGGAGAGAUACAGGGAAGUUGCAGCAAGUGUGGGAAUAGAAGGAGGGUUUGAGAUGAGGGAUUCUGAUGAUCUGAUUGGGGACAAGAAGAAGAUAAUUGACAAGCUGAUGGACGAUGAUGAUGAUGAACUUGAGGCAGAGCCAGUGGAUGAGAGCUCAGUGAAGAAAAUGAUCCUGACCUUUGAGAAAAGAUCAUACAAAAAUCAGGAGUUGAGGAUUAAGUUUCCAGAUAAUCCAGAGAAGUUCAUGGAGGCAGAGCUGGAUCUGAACGACAUUAUUCAAGAAAUGCAUGUGAUUGCUACGAUGCCAGAUCUUUACCACCUGCUAGUGGAGCUUAAUUCUGUCCACUCACUCCUGGGCCUCCUCAGUCAUGAAAACACUGAUAUUGCCAUAGCAGUGGUGGACCUGCUGCAGGAGCUGACAGAUAUCGACACACUCCACGAGAGCGAGGAGGGGGCUGAGGUGCUCAUAGAUGCUCUGCUGGAAGGUCAAGUCGUGGCUUUGCUGGUGCAGAAUAUGGAGCGACUGGAUGAACAGGUGAAAGAGGAGGCUGACGGCAUUCACAACACACUGGCAAUCAUAGAAAAUAUGGCAGAGUUCAGACCAGGCCUGUGUGCUGAGGCUGCCCAGCAGGGACUCAUGCAGUGGCUGCUCAAGAGAAUUAAGGCAAAGAUACCCUUUGAUGCUAACAAACUGUACUGUAGUGAAAUCCUGGCAAUUUUGUUGCAGAGCAAUGACAAUACCAGAGAACUAUUGGGUGAGAUGGAUGGCAUUGAUGUGUUGCUGCAGCAACUAUCUGUGUUCAAACGUCACAACCCGUCCACAGCUGAGGAGCAGGAGAUGAUGGAGAACCUCUUUGAUGCUUUGUGUUCCUGCCUCAUGCUGGCCACCAAUCGGGAACGCUUCCUCAGAGGGGAGGGGCUUCAGCUAAUGAACCUAAUGCUUAGAGAGAAGAAAAUGUCUCGAACCAGUGCUCUGAAGGUCCUGGACCAUGCAAUGAUUGGACCAGAGGGAGCGGACAACUGCCAUAAGUUUGUGGACAUCCUGGGCUUGCGAACAGUUUAUCCACUUUUCAUGAAAACUCCUAAGAAGAUGAAGAAAACCGGAGCAACUGAGAAGGAGCAUGAAGAGCAUGUCUGCUCCAUCAUCGCCUCCAUGCUGAGAAACCUCAAGUCUCAACAGAGAAGCAGACUCCUUACUAAGUUCACAGAGAAUGACUGUGAGAAGGUUGAUCGACUGAUGGAGUUGCAUUUUAAGUACCUGGAAGCUGUUCAGCAGGCUGACAAGAGGAUCGAAGGAGAGAAACAUGAAAUGGUUCGUCGUGGCGAGAUCCUGGAUGACAGCAUGGAGGAUGAGUUCUACCUUCGGCGCCUGGACGCUGGACUAUUUGUCCUCCAGUUGAUCUGCUACAUUAUGGUGGAAAUCAGCAACUCUGGGAUCUCACAACUGCAGCAGAGAGUCCAGCAAAUUCUCAACCUCCGAGGAGGCUCGGUCAAAGUAGUUCGCCACAUCAUGAGAGAGUACGCAGAAAGCAUCGGCGAUGGGAAGAGUGACGAGUUCAGAGAAGCCGAGCGGAAGAGGAUCAUGGACCUCGUAGACAGUUUCUAAUCUGACCCUUGCUCACACACACACACACAGAAAUCUGCUCUUACACAUAAUAACAACAAAUGGCCCAAAGGUGAAUGUGACCUUGAGCUAUUGGUCUGUUUUUCUGCAACCAACAGAAACUUAUUUUCGUGCAUAGUAAUGCUGCUGAAACAUUAGUCUGCCAUAAGCAGUCUGUUGUUAUUUAAUAGUAAUUCCCUUUUUUUAAAGCAGUCUUUCACAUGCAACAUUUGAGGACGACGGAACUCAACUUUUCGAGAUAUUUUUAUGUAUUAGAUCUCAUGAAUACAGCGCACACACAAACUCACCACAGAAACCGUAGGAGCAGAGUUUUGUAGAUUAAAAUACGCAGAAAACCCAGAUGUUCUCGCAGCUGCAGCUCUGUUUAUUCCUAUCAAGUGGUGUUAAAACACUGUACGAUAAUCAUGGACAGAAUUUUCUCUUUCUCUCGCUUUCAGUUUUUCUUUUGUUAUGGAUUUUGUGUGUAAAAUAUUUUCUAAUGAAACAUUUGGUAAUAAAAUGUUAAUUUCA